CAGUAUAAAGCCUGUCGGGACGCAUUACUAGGGCGACCGGCCGGACACCUCCCCGCUUCGGGAUGAAAUAGCGGCGGGUUCUAACCGGAGGUUGUGACCCCACGGAUUCCCCGGCUCGCGCACGCGCUCCCCACGGUGUCGCGCGUGAUCCCCUGCUGGCCACAGGCGCCAGACACCUGCUUGCUUGUGGGUUCCAGGAAAGGAAAGGCAGGCCUUACUCAGGGGCUGGUGUCACGUCUGAUCAUUAAGGUGUAUCUUAACUUCUGCUUCCCCAUUCGAAGAGAAGAAAAAGGAAGAUAGGGCACCGAGGUGUUUUGGAGAAGUUUUGCUUCCUUGUGCUUAACCUGGUUCAGUUAUUGACCCUGGAUCCAGACACAGCUUCAAAAGUCCUUGGAAUUUCCUGAGUGAAUCAUGGUGUCAUGGAAAGGGAUUUACUUUAUACUCACUCUGUUUUGGGGAAGCUUUUUUGGAAGCAUUUUCAUGCUGGGUCCCUUUUUACCUUUGAUGUUUGUAAACCCAUCUUGGUAUCGCUGGAUCAACAACCGCCUCGUGGCAACCUGGCUCACACUUCCUGUGGCAUUACUGGAGACCAUGUUUGGUGUAAAAGUGAUUAUAACAGGUGAUGCAUUUGUUCCUGGAGAAAGAAGUGUCAUUAUCAUGAAUCAUCGGACAAGAAUGGACUGGAUGUUCCUGUGGAAUUGUCUGAUGAGAUAUAGCUACCUGAGAUUGGAGAAAAUUUGCCUCAAAGCCAGUCUCAAAAGUAUUCCUGGAUUUGGUUGGGCCAUGCAGGCUGCUGCCUAUAUCUUCAUUCAUAGGAAAUGGAAGGAUGACAAGAGCCAUUUUGAAGACAUGAUUGAUUAUUUUUGUGAUAUCCGUGAACCACUUCAACUCCUCAUAUUCCCAGAAGGGACUGAUCUCACAGAAAAUAGCAAGGCUCGAAGUAAUGAUUUUGCUGAAAAAAAUGGACUCCAGAAAUAUGAAUAUGUCUUACAACCAAGAACUACAGGCUUUACCUUUGUAGUAGACCGUCUAAGAGAAGGUAAGAACCUUGAUGCUGUGCAUGACAUCACGGUGGCAUACCCUCACAACGUUCCUCAAACAGAGAUGCACCUCCUCCGUGGGGACUUCCCCAAGGAGAUCCACUUUCACGUCCACCGGUACCCAGUGGACACCCUCCCCGCAUCCAAGGAGGACCUCGAGCUCUGGUGCCAAAAGCGGUGGGAGGAGAAGGAAGAGAGGCUGCGCUCCUUCUACCAGGGGGAGAAGAACUUUUACUUCACUGGACAGACUGUCGUUCCACCUUGCAAGUCCGAGCUCAGGGUCCUGGUGGUCAAAUUGCUCUCUAUACUGUACUGGACCCUGUUCAGCCCUGCAAUGUGCCUGCUCAUAUAUUUGUACAGUCUCAUUAGGUGGUAUUUCAUAAUCACCAUUGUCAUCUAUGUACUGCAAGAGAGAAUAUUUGGUGGACUGGAGAUUAUUGAACUUGCAUGUUACCGUUUUUUACACAAACAACCACAUUUAAAUGCAAAGAAAAAUGAGUAAGAUGAUAAAGUUCAUGGCGUAACAACCUAGGGACUAUUUUGGAAAUGUUGCAAGCCUUUGUAAAUGAGACGCGUUUUUGCAUGACCAUG